AAUUACGCCAAGCCGAAUUAUCUGAUUCUGCUUCUCCACAUCUCGGGCAAAUUCGAGGUCGCACUUCACCAUUCCCUUUUGUCUUUCAUCCACUCUUUUUUGCUCGGCAGGAAAACCCCUCCGUCCUGAUUUUUUUUAGUUCGAUCUGAUAAGCGUUACGUACUCGAAGACCCUCUUGAAAGCCUCACAGCCCUCCACCAAACGUUUCGCGCUCAGGCGGAUGAGGAAGGGCGAACGCGAUCAAUGUCGGUUCACGACACUUUGCCAUGGCUUUGAAAUCAAUAGGUAGUUUCCGACGCCGGUACCAGUGUAUCGCCGACGGGUGAGGUAUGUGAUUAAUAUACAUUGAAUGCACUUAUGUACCUGCCAGUGCCACCUGCUUUCCGUGGGCGUUCCCCGGUGCCGUCGGGAGAAAUAGACCCAAUGUCACGGUCCAAUGAUGGCUUCCCCACAUGUUGAACGAGGGUUCAAUAUGUUCUGCUCCUCCCUUCGGCGUAUUCCUGCUUUUUGUUCUUCUACCAGUAGAUCAACUUCCAUACUGCCCUUCUCGCGUGGCUCUUUCCAGAUCUCAUCUUGCAUUACUCGGCCUGCUCCAUCCCACCCCCUACCCAGUCUCACUAGCCCCCAAGGAGAACUUUUGAUUCGGAAAAUGGCCACCCACACUCCCGCUGCCCGUACUGCGGCCAACCCGUUCAAGGUGUUCAUUGCCGGUGGUUGCUACUCUGGUCUUGCCGCCGCCAUCAACCUACUCGAGCAGUGCGACAAGAGCACCGAGAACCCUAUUCCUGUUGCCAUUACCAUUGCAGAUGAGCGCGACGGCUACUUCCAUCUUAUUGGUUCGCCUCUCGCGCUUGCCGAUAAACAGUACGCGGAGAAGAAUUGGGUGGAGUUCAAGGAUGUAAAGAUCCUUCAGAGACCCGACGUACAAUUCGUCCAUGGUAGCGUCACGAAGAUUGAUCCCGCAACCAAGACAGCCACUAUUCGCGAGCAUGAGAACCAGCAUGAGCGCACCGAGAGCUAUGACUUCUGUAUCAGCGCCGCUGGUUACAGGAGGGUGUGGCCUGUGGUCCCGCAGGCGUUGACCCGUAAGACAUAUCUUAUCGAGGUCAACAGGCACAUCGAUGCUGUCACCAACAGCCAAUAUCCCGUCCUCGUCGUCGGCGGUGGCGCUGUUGGUAUCGAGAUGGCCGCGGAGCUGAAGACGGUCCAGCCGAACGUCAACGUCACACUUGCCCACUCGCGAGCCAAGCUCUUGUCCGCCGAGCCCCUGCCAGACAUGGUCAAGGACGAGGCCCUAGAGCUGACCCGCGCUGCCGGUGUCGAGUGCCUCAUGGAGCACCGCCUCACCCGCAGCACGCCCAUCAAGGACGCUGCCGAUCAGGAUGCCUAUGAGGUCGAGUUCGAGAACGGCCACAAGAUGACUGCCAGCGUCGUCGUUAUGGCCAUCUCCAAGAGCGUGCCUUCGAGCGGCUUCCUGCCCAAGGAGGCGCUCAGCGAGGAUGGCCUGGUCAACGUCCUGCCGACUUUACAGCUUUCCAACAAUGACAUCCCGAAUGCAGAAAGUCACUUCGCCAUCGGUGACAUGAUCAACUGGUCCGGCAUCAAGCGGUGCGGUUCCGCCAUGCACCAGGGCAAGUACGCCGGUCUGAACAUCCACCAGCUGAUGCAGCGCGAGCUUGUCGACAAGGAGGUCAAGUUUAACGAGAUCAGCGAGGUGCCGCCCAUGAUUGGUCUGGCAGUCGGCAAGGUCGCCGUCUCAUAUGGUCCCGAUGACGGCAUGAAGUCUGGCCCUCAGGUCAUGCAGUACUUCUUCGAGAACGACCUUGGUUUCAGAAUUUGCUGGGACCAUCUGCGCCUGGGAGGCAGCCCAGCAUAGGGUACCUUUCAUUUGGAUUAUGGGUAUGAUGGCGUUACAGGUGCUUGACAAGCUGCUUAAGGUAGAAUUAGAGACAAGCUAGCAUGGAUUUGAUGAGUUUUGACACAGCAAAAUGAUACUUCCAUAGAUGAUGAACGAGUGU